UGAGAAGGUGAGUAUGGUCAAAGUACGUCCUUUUGAAACCCUACGCCUUUUCGCUUAGGGUUUUUGUCCGCAUUGAAACAGUCCUCGGUCCUUGACCUUUAAACUUGUUUAUUUUUUAUUUCUUUUCUGAGAAUCCUUAGAGUCCCUUGUGCUCGGGAGUGUAAUCUUUCCAGCAACAUAAUAGUUUUAUAAUGAAGCCAUAAUCCCUGGGCUUUUAGUGCAUACGUUCCCACCCAUGUCCCUAUGGACCAAUACUAUCCCACGAGAGAUAACACAGUGUAAAAACACAGUCUACACGUUGUUUGCACUGGAAGAUAGUUUGCAUGCGAGGAAACAAUAAAGUGCUUGUGCCCGGGAGGUAUCUGGCACACCCUAUCUAUGUUAGCAGAGAGGAGCUGAGCUGCAUGCAGACCCUAUCCAGACCACGUCUCGUUUGACCUAUGGCGAACUUCACUGAAAAAUACCCCUGCUGUGCCUUUGAGUCUCCAAUGCUGGACAAGUACCUGCCUCCCAUCCUGGUGCUGGAGUUCGUGUUUGGGUUGGUGGGGAACGUUGGGGCUCUCUGGAUGUUUGUCUUUAACCUGGACACCUGGAAGCCAAACUCUGUCUACCUCACACACCUGGCGGUGGCCGACUCCAUCGUCAUGUUCUGCCUGCCCUUCCGAGCCGACUACUACCGACGUGGUAAGCACUGGAUUCACGGUGACGUCCUGUGCCGUAUUAUGCUGUUCAUGUUGGCCGCCAACCGUGCUGCCGGCAUCUUAUUUCUCACUGCUGUGGCCGUCGACCGUUACUUCAAGAUAGUUCACCCCAUGAACACGAUCAACAGGAUGGGGCUGCGCUAUGCUCUGUGGGUUUCUGUAGGCUUGUGGGGACUGAUAAUCGCUGCCACUGGGUACCUGCUGAUGAAUGAUCACUUCUUCAUCAGCAACAACCGGACCCAGUGCGAAAGCUUCAACAUCUGUGUGGGCUCCAAUCCAGUAACUACCUGGCACGACGCCUUCUAUGUGAUCCAGUUCUUCCUACCCACUGCUAUCGUCACUUUCUGCACCGUCUGCAUCACUUGGCAGCUGAGAAGAAAGACAAUCGACAGCAGGGGGAAGAUCAAGCGGGCGGUGCAAUUCGUCUUGGCUGUGGCGCUGAUCUUCAUAAUUUGCUUCUUCCCUAGUACAGCGUCUCGGAUCGCCGUGUGGAUUCUCAAAGCCUGGUAUGAUGACUGUCAGUUCUUCCAAGAGGCCAACCUGGCAUUCUACACCUCUGUGUGUUUCACAUACUUCAACAGUGUGCUGAACCCCAUUGUGUACUAUUUCUCCAGCCCGGCAUUCAGCGAGGCAUUCAAGAAACAGUUCAACAGGCUGCUGAAGAAAGAAGAACAGGCAUCCAUACCCGAAAUCCAGACUGACAGUCCAAACACAGUGUCAGGGAGAAUCUAA